UUCACGCCAAGCGGACGCGUAACGGGGCAAAACACAAAAUAUAUAAAAAAUACCCAUAGUUUGUUGAUAAUCCAGUGCUAUAUAUACCACACCGGCAGUCAUAGUGAUUUAAACAAUUUCAACAAAAAAAACAACUAAUUUUAAAAUUUCGCUUUGCGAGCAAAGUAUGUGAUAAUUGGACGUUUUUUUCGCUUCCUGCGUUUUGAUUUUCCAUCGUGGUGCUUUUCACGCGUGUGCUUAGUGCGUGUUUUAUUGUGCUUGUGUUGGUGCGCAGGACAUAAAAGCUUCGUUUUGUUGAUACACGCACUCCUGGCAAGGCCAUCGAACAGCUGGCAGUUCCUCAACUCGAUUAAACAUACAAAGAAAACCCAAAACUAAUCAAAAUCCAAACUAAAAUCACAAUCAAAACAAGUUUUAUAGUUGAAUUUAAAAAAAAAAAAUUAUAUAUACUUAUAAAAAUCCCACCGCUGCCACUCCUGCCCUUCUUUAUAGACAAAAUAAUUUAAAAAUAAUAAAUUGUCGGCUACUUUGCUGAUUGAAUUCAAGCCGUUGUUGGGACAGUGAGAACGAGAGGAAAACAACCACAAAAUGUCUUCCAUGGCUGCCUUUGAUCAGUUCAAAAUUGGACUCAAAAUGGUUGACUUCAAGGUCCAGCAACGGCGAUAUAGGACCAGCGAAAAGACUGUCGUCAGUACCACCUAUGGUCCCAUUAAAGGCGUCAAGCGAAAGUCCAUCUAUGGCCAGUCCUACUUCAGUUUCGAGCGUAUUCCCUUUGCCAAGCCACCUAUCGGAGAGUUGCGCUACAAGGCCCCUCAGCCUCCAGAGGUCUGGACGGAGGUGAAGAGUUGCACCUCUCAGGGACCAAAGCCCCUGCAAAAGCACUUUGUCUUCGAGAUGACCGAUGGCUCCGAGGACUGCCUCUACCUCAAUGUCUACACAAAGAAUUUAUAUCCCACCAAACCAAUGCCUGUGAUGGUCUGGAUCUAUGGCGGUGGAUUUCAGUUUGGCGAAGCCUCAAGGGAAUGCUAUAGUCCUGAUUACCUGCUGCGCGAAGAUGUAGUAGUUAUUUCUAUAAACUAUAGAUUAGGACCCUUGGGAUUCCUCUGCAUGGAAGAUCCCGAGUUGGAUGUUCCCGGUAAUGCUGGACUCAAGGAUCAAGUCUUGGCCCUGCGUUGGGUCAAAGCAAAUUGCUCUCGUUUUGGAGGAGAUUCGGCUAACAUAACUAUUUUUGGGGAUAGUGCGGGAAGUGCCUCGGUACACUACAUGAUGAUCACCGAGCAGACAAGGGGAUUGUUCCACAAGGCUAUUUGCAUGUCGGGAAAUACACUCUCACCCUGGGCAGUGACCCCACAAAGAAACUGGCCCUAUCGCCUGGCGGUUCAAGCUGGUUACACGGGAGAGAAUAACACAAAGGAUGUGUGGGAGUUUCUGAAGAAUGCCAAGGGGUCUGAUAUCAUUAAGGCCAAUGGAGAACUCUGCAUCGAUGAGGAGAAGAAAGAGCGCAUUGGAUUUUCCUUUGGGCCAGUGAUUGAACCCUAUGUGACUAGCCACUGUGUGGUGCCCACGAAACCCAUUGAAAUGAUGCGCACAGCCUGGAGCAACAGCAUACCUUUGAUCCUGGGUGGAGUCUCCAAUGAGGGUCUCUUGCUGUACUCCGAGACCAAGACGAAUCCCAAGUGUCUCAAUGAGUUGGACGACUGUCGCUUUGUAGUACCCAUCGAGCUGAACAUGGACCGAGAUAGUGCCCUGUGCCGGGAGUACGGUGAUCAGUUGAAGCAGUGUUACUAUGGCGAUAAGACGCCGAGUCUAGACACACUGCACGAGUACCUUCAGAUGGUGUCACAUGAGUACUUCUGGUUCCCCAUUUACCGCACGGUAUUAUCCCGCCUGCUGUACGCCCCCGGGGCACCGACGUACCUGUACCGCUUUGACUUCGACUCGAAGCACUUCAAUCACCUGCGUAUCCUGAGCUGUGGCAAGAAGGUGCGUGGCACGUGUCAUGGAGAUGACCUGUCCUACCUGUUCUACAAUUCGCUGGCGCGAAAGUUGAAGAACCACACGAGGGAAUACAAGUGCAUCGAGCGGUUAGUUGGUCUGUGGACACACUUUGCCGCCUGCGGGAACCCCAACUUUGAUCCUGAGCAACCUGAUCUCUGGCUUCCUGUGGAACCGGCGGCGGUCGAAAAACAUCAGCUAAAGUGCCUUAACAUAUCCGAUGAGCUGAAGGUGAUCGAUGUGCCCGAUAUGCGGAAGUUAAUGGUCUGGGAGAGCUUCUUUAGGCGCGAUGAGCUGCUUUAAGGAUCAAUAGAGGGGGAUAUCGAUCUAGAUUAAAUCAGUAGCUUUACCUGUGCAGGGUUGGUUCGUACUUUUAAGGCCAAAAUUAUGGGAGGAGAGUGUAAUCUAUGGUUACUUUUGAGGAAAAAUACAUAAUGGAAUUGUUGGGAAUAUUACAAAUAUUUCCUGAACAUUUGUUUACAGAGGAAACACUUUACAAGUGUUUUAUAACUUAUUCUAAUAGAAUGUACAAGUUUAAGGAACGUAAAUCCUAAACUUCAUACGAAUUUAAACCAACUGCAUUCGUAGAGUACAAGAUUAUUAAACAUGGAAACCUAAAAUAACAGCAUUUAAAAGCUAAGGUUUCCAGAAUACAAAUUCUCAAAUUUAUUGAUAGAUUACCAAAAAUUCUCUUUGGAUUUAUAUAAGACGAACCACCCUGAAACUUCACGAUUCUGACAGCUUUAUGUUGAAGCCUCUGUUUAAAACAAGGCAAAGCCUAGCUUUGGUCCUGAAAUCAAGAGAGUUUAACUGUUGUUAAGUUUGCCAAUGUGAAGGAGAAUCCUAGUUAAGAGUGUUAAAGUUAAUCCGCCCCUCGGAACGGAUCUAUAGUCUAAGCAGGCUGUUUAUAAGUGUAGUUAUGAGUGUGAAACAAGUCGCAACUGAAGUACCUUCUAUGAGAAACUACCAAAACCAACUAAACCAAACUAAACUAAAACAGACAGCCAAGGAUUCUGAGCUAAGAACUUAUAUAUUUAACGUUCCUUUAUGUCUCGCUGAUAUCUAUAACAAGCCAAUACACACCACAAACAUAUAUCAAUCGUAUUUUGUACGAGAUCACUGUAAGUCCUCGACACAAAUUUGCUUUAAGGUUCCAUUCUUUUUCUUCCAUUGCUUGACGAACGCACACGUUUACAAAGGGGAAGGUUUUUUUCCAUUUGUGUUUCAAAUGAAAAACAAUUUAUAUAUAUAUUUAAAUGAGAAAACGAGUAAACCGUAACCAAUUUAUUUAUAUUCGUAGCCUAAGUCUUUUUAAAUAUUAAGCCUUUUGUAUGCAUAAGUUGUUUUUGGUAAAAUGUUGUUUUUGAACAAAACAGAGAAACCUGUCCAAGUUUUACAUCAUUUAUAUUAUACAUAACAAGCGAAUAAAAACUAAAUAACUAAACGGAAAAACUGAUAAAGACGUUUUUUGAGUGUACUCUAUGAGAUUAGAAGUAAGUCGGCUAGUUGAAACUAGUUUGUCUAAGAAUUCUCUAUGUAUCCGAGUCUGUUUAUUGUCAAAAAAAAAAAGCUUCAAAGUCUUGUGAUGAAACUAUGAAAUUUGAAAAUGUA